AUGAACAAUCCUUAUGUUAGUCAGUUUAGACCCAUUUCAUUGUGCAAUAUUGUGUAUAAAUUUUUUAGUAAAACCAUAGUCAAUAGACUCAAAAUAUGUAUUGAUGACACUAUUUCACCUUUUCAAACUGGUUUCAUCCCUGGAAGAAACAUCCAGGAAAACAUAAUUGUAGCCCAGGAAAUGCUACACACAAUGAAUCAUAUGAAAUGGAAAACUGGAUCUUUUGUGAUAAAGGUAGAGGAUAACCUUAAUUGGAAAUUUAUGGAGAAGAUUUUAAAUGAAGCAUAUAUUCCUAAUCAAAUGAAAAGAGUGAUCAUGAAGGCCAUUUCCACUGUCAAAAUGAAGGUUCUUUGGAAUGGGAAUGAUUGUAUUCUCUUUGAAACAAGGAAGGUUCUUAGGAAAGGUAAUCCAAUUUCACCUUAUAUCUUUGUUUUGUGCUUGGAUAAGAUAUCUCAUAUGAUCAAGGAGGUUGUUGGCAAUGAAAAAUAUGACAGACAAGAGAAUGAGUAUGCAGACAUACAUGUCAAAGUUCAUGACUCUAAUAUUUGCCCACUCUUAAUGAUAUGA